AAACACUACGCCAAGGGCUCUCCGGAUAGAGAGCAGCUCGCCUGUGCCCUGGAGCAGUUCAAGAAGAGCGCUCCUCUCGAGGUUCCUGUCAUGAUUGGAGGGAAAGCUAUCACCACAUCUCCGAUACAGACGCAGCAGAACCCAUCUGACCACGCCGUCUGUGUUGCUAAAUAUCACACUGCUUCAGAUGAAGACAUCAAAGCAGCUAUUGACAAUGCUUUGGAAGCCAAGAAGAAGUGGGAGGCCAUGCCGUUCUCGGACAGGGCUUCUAUCUUCUUGAAGGCGGCUGAUCUAGUCGGCACCAAGUACCGUUAUGAAAUGAUGGCCGCCACCAUGCUGGGCCAGGGGAAGAACGCAUGGCAGGCAGAGAUUGAUGCUGCUGCUGAGCUGUGUGACUUUUUAAGCCAGUUCACAACGCCCCCGGAGUCUGGAAGUAAGUAUCCUUAUUACCAGAACAUUAUGCAGAUACACUCUCUAACAACAUACUGCAGCCGUGUCGAAUACCGACCCCUCGAAGGCUUUGUCUAUGCCAUUUCCCCGUUCAACUUCAGUGCUAUCGGAGGCAACCUGCCCGCCGCCCCAGCUCUCAUGGGCAACGUCGUGCUGUGGAAGCCCUCCCCCUUCGCCAUUGCGUCCAACUACCUCAUUUACAACAUUCUCGCAGAAGCUGGCCUCCCAGCGGGUGUCAUCCAGUUCGUCCCCGGAGACGCUGAGAGAAUCACUAGCUUGGUUCUAGACAACAAGCACUUCUCCUCCCUACAUUUCACCGGCAGCACAGCUGUCUUCCGUUCUCUCUAUGGCAAGAUCGCCCAGGGUGUAGCAGACGGUAAAUACCGCAGCUAUCCUCGCAUUGUAGGCGAGACCGGAGGAAAGAACUUCCACCUUCUCCACCCCAGCGCAGACACGGACAAUGCUGCUAUCCAUACGGUUCGUGGAGCAUUCGAAUUCCAGGGUCAGAAGUGUAGUGCUUGCUCAAGAGCCUAUGUGCCACAGUCAAAAUGGGAGUCAUUCCGAAACAAACUCGUGGAAGAGACUGAGAAAUUGAAGAUCGGACCUCCCGAGGACUUCACUAAUUUUAUCGGACCCGUUAUCCACGAAGCUUCAUUCAAGAAAUUGGCGAAGGUUAUUGAUGACGCGAAAAAUGACAAGGAGCUCACACUCCUUGCUGGUGGCAAAUACGAUUGCUCAAAGGGAUACUUCAUUCACCCAACUAUAUACUCCACAACGAACCCGGAACAUCACCUUCUCAACACCGAGCUCUUUGGGCCGGUGCUGGUUAUUCUCGUGUACCCAGAUGAGGCAGCCGAUGCGUUUGAGAAGAUUUGUGAAACAAUUGAUAACACCGGUGCCUAUGGCUUGACUGGUGCUGUGUUCUCUCAGGACCGUGCGGCAGUUCAUUAUGCGGAGAAUGCUCUUAGGGGUACUGCUGGAAACUUCUAUAUCAACUGUAAGUGUACUGGUGCUGUUGUUGGACAGCAGCCAUUCGGAGGUGCCAGGGCAUCUGGUACCAACGAUAAGGCCGGUAGCGCGGCUUUGAUGGGCAGAUUUGUGAAUGACGCGAUGGAAUAUGACAAGUUAAUUAAUUAUAAUACUACACUAUGCCCGUAUGACCGUGCUUCUAUGUUAAAUGUCUUUGUCAAUCAGAACUUGAAAGACAAAGGUACUUAUGAAAUGUUGUCAAGAAUCGGAGUUUCAUUCGCUCUCUUUUAUCUUCGAUCAGGAUAUAAGAAGCAUGCCCAGUAUCUACCUAGGCAAAGAGAAGGUAAGGUGAAUGAAGAUCUUGAGGAAUUAAAAGGGAAAUGUUUUUUUAUAAUUGUUUCUCCGAAAACAAAAGAAAAAGGAGCAAAAUUAAAAAAAUAUUGGGUUGUAGAGGGGAUAUCAAACAGCCAAUUGAUCAUGUUUUGUUAUCACUCAGUGACUAAUACCGACUUGCCUCAAAACGAACACGCUGGUUGGGGAAUUAUUAAGCAGACAAGAGAACAGAGGGUGGGAGCAUAA